GGUACAGUCUCAGCAUAUGAUUGUAAAUUUCAUUUGUGUUGCUGUAUUACUCUAUUUUCCUACUAUUUACCCUUGACUAGGUCUUCUACUGAGCCCAAACCAACCAAGCUCUACUACCCUUUCAGCACAUAAAUUACAUGUUCACCUCAUUGCAACACCUCAUAGAAUUCCAGAAAACAAAAGUUCUAACGAAAAUUUUGUUAAAAAAGUUGAUUCUUUUUUACUGUAGUCUUCUUUCUCAGAUGCUUUGUACACAAAAGUGAAAAACUGGGGCCAUUCCAUUUCUGUGUUAUUCCUGAAAACUGCUAUGUCAUAUAAGCUAAAGGAUUAUACUUGUUCUACAUGGUCAAUCUUGUGGUCAUAGGUGGUGCUGUUGGAUGAGCGUGGGAAAGACAUAGGUUCCAUGCAGAUGGCUGAGUUGAUUGGGGAUGCAGGGAAUACGGGAGCUUCAAGACUAUUGUUCUGUGUUGGUGGACCUUAUGGACAUGGAAAACAAUUGAGAGAACGAGCUAACAUAUCUAUCAAGUUGUCUUCUAUGGUGUUAAAUCAUCAGAUUGCUAUACUUGUGCUUGUAGAACAACUCUAUAGGUCAUGGACCAUUCUAAAAGGACAGAACUAUCAUCGCUAGCUUUCUUCUCUGCAUCUGUAGACAGCCAUAUAGGUAACUUUUCUCUGUUUAAAUGUUUUCUUUUAAUGCCACAUAUGAGUGUUAAAGGCUUUGUUUGCUUUUCUAUGAUUGUUUGCAUCGUCUUGUUUUCUCCCAUCAACUUUAAGUAACCAGUUUCCUUAUGUUAUUAGUAUUGAUUGUUUGAUGCAACUAAGUAGAAGCACUUCGCUUAGGAUAUAGAUAGUUCAAUCUUCUCUCUUCUUCAUAAGUUUGCCAUGUGUGCAUCU